AUGUCCGGACGCGGAAAGGGCGGCAAGGGUCUCGGCAAGGGCGGUGCUAAGCGCCACCGCAAGAUUCUUCGCGACAACAUCCAGGGUAUCACCAAGCCCGCUAUCCGCCGUCUCGCUCGCCGUGGUGGUGUGAAGCGUAUCUCCGGUCUCAUCUACGAGGAGACCCGUGGUGUUCUCAAGAUAUUCCUCGAGAACGUCAUCCGCGACUCUGUCACCUACACUGAGCACGCAAAGCGCAAGACGGUCACUGCGCUCGACGUCGUGUACGCGCUCAAGCGUUCCGGCCGUACCCUCUACGGCUUCGGUGCAUGA